AUGAAAGAGAGAAAUCUGAGUUCCUUGACAAGGCGAGGGUGCAAAAACGAAAGGGGAAGCAGCGGAGAAAGGGACAGUGAGAAAAAGAAGUUGGGAAUUGAUUAUGGUGUCACACCUGAAUACAUACGUAAGCGGAGUGAGGAACUGAAGAAAGCCCAGGAAGAGUAUGAUCAUUAUAUCCAGGAAAACCUUACGAAAGCAGCUAUGAAAAUGUUAUCGGAUGAAGAAAGAGUUGCAGUUCUCCAGGGGCUGAAGAAGAACUGGGAAGAGGUGCACAAAGAGUUCCAGGCCCUCUCCGUCUUCAUCGACUCUCUCCCGAAGAAGGUGCACAAGCAGAGGCUGGAAGGAGAAAUGAAACAGCUGGAGCAUGACAUCGGGAUCAUCGAAAAGCACAAAAUUAUUUACAUUGCCAAUAAGAAAUAGGUGGUCUUUAGAGGGUAGUGAUAUAAUGCAGGAUAGACAUGGAAAAUAUAUUAAAACAAAAUUUUCAAAGACAACAAUUCUAUGAAGAAAAUAAAAGUAAUCUUACAUACAAAAAAAUUAAUCCCUUUACUUUAACAAUUUAUGCAUAAACUAAAAUUGAUGGUUUUGAAGUUGAUGUUGAAUUUUAGUGAUGUAAAUUUUCAUAAAAUUUACAAGAUAAAAUUAAAUUUUAAAAAGUAUUUGGAAAAAAAUCAGCAUAUCUGGCAAAUGAGUGCAAGCAAUAUAAUAUGAAGCCAAUAAUGAAGUCAGAAUACAGAGUACAUAUUCCAAAUGUCUCUAAUUCUUUAAAGACAAAACACAAAUUUGGUUUUGAUAUUUCUAGCAAAGCAGGAAACUUAAGUAAUUAAAUGAGUUACAGUGUUCAUGGGACAGACCACAUUAAUUACUCAGAGGACAGAAAUUUUUUGGUAUUGAAACCAGUGUAAAAACUUCCCAUGAUGCUUAAGAAGCAACUAUCAUACAAUGUUUGUCAAGUUUGAAUAACAUUUGAAUCACUUAAGGAGAAAAAGUUUUUUCCAGGAGCAAGAAUCCAAAGAUCCACCCCAGAAUAAACUCAAGUGUUAGUCUCUGGAAAUUUCUGUCAGUUUUGAAUUACCAUUAUAAUAUGGAUGUUUUAUUUUUCUAAAUAGUAAAAUAUUAUCUUCAAAAUAAAAGUGUAUUUUGUGUGUUUGUGUGUGGUACUUGGGAUUAAACCCAGGGCCAUUGUGCUGAGCUACAUCCCCAGGCAAGCAUUAUGUAGAAUUUAGGGAUUUCUGGUUUUAUUAAGACCUUAGGCUCCAUCUUCUAAAAACAGUAUUACAAUGAAAAAUAUCCUCAGUAAUUCUUGUAGUAUUUGGAUUUCAUGAGUCUGUUUCUCAUAAUUUCUCAUAAUAUGUCAUAGUGUAAGUUGCUGGCAUAAGGCCUGAGGAUGAUUCCAAGUAAGUAAAUCUGUGUAGAGUAUCAUACCAGUUCUGUUUGCAUUCAAACUGUUCAUCCUUCAGGCGUUCUCCACAGUAUUUUCCAUGGAACUUUUCACACUAAUCAGCACCAAUAUGCUUAGGCUUUAGCUUUGCUUGUCAUGUAUCUGAAGAGUUUUUAUUUUGCUUUACCUCUUAGGUAGAGUCUGUAAUAAUCAUUUGAACCAUAAGGUAAAACUGACAUCCUCUUUAGACCGCUGAGUGGCUUCAAAAGGAUACGUGCCUACAUAGAAGGUUAUGCCCCCUCAAAGACCCAAGAAUCAGGCCAGGCUAAUAGAUCCCUCAAGAAGCAGUAUUGGAUUUUCCGUAGCAUACAGACAGAAAGGAAGUAAAAACUCCAAAGUUCUGUAGCAUAAAGCCUGGCAGCAAUUUCUUUAGCUUAGACAAAAAGAAUAUAAAGCAAUUAAAGCCAAAUGGCAAUCUUUUUAAAAAACAAAAACAAAAACUCUGGUAAACUUUAAAAAAAAAAAUCUUAGUACAGCUCAUAAAAUGUUAUAACUUAAUAAUAUAGCCACUACAUAAACUAGUUGUAAAAUGUAUAUUGCAUUAUUCAAAUAUUCAAAUAGCUUGCUGGUUUAUAUGGUUAAUUAUCAGAUAGGUAAAUGUUAGACAGUAACUGGGUUUAGAAUAUAAACCAGUCUGUAAUCUGACCAAUAUUUUAGCAAUCUUAUAGACAGUUGUCUUUUAGCCUAUAUUUGGAGAUAAUAAAACCAUGUGAUGAUUACACACUUAUUUUCUGUAGUGGAUGGGAGAGCAAAAAUGGGAGAGAGUACAAAAUUUUAUCUAGCUGACUCAAAAGUAAUAUCGAGUCAUUAAGGUAUGUGUUAAAAAGAUCGUUUAAGCACAUUCCUGUUGCAUUUCACUGGAAGUUGAGUCCUGAAAAGGCAGUCUAAACAAUUUAAUUUCCUUGAUACUGUUACAGUGGAGGUUUGGUACAACCUCUCAGUAACUGUACCUUUUAAUAAAGCUAAUACUGAUUCGUCCAUAGCAAGGUACUCUCCAAUGUCAGAAGUCAAAUAAAACUAGUACAAUUUGUAAAUUAAUUAAUACUAUACUUAAUAGGUUCCUCCACAAGAAGAGGAGUAUAACAGUGGUCAGUGGUAGACUGAUGAGGGUACUAAGUACUCACAUAGAGUAAUAGCACUAGCAGCCAAGCUCACAGAUUCUUAAAAGUAAACACAUACCUUCCUUCAGCAUUCAUUUUAGAUGAAAUGUUGUGCUAUGUUUAUAUAACGAUUCUACAUAGUAGUUAAAAUGAUUCUAUACAGCAGUUAAAUAAUUUCUAUCAGGGCUGGGGAUUUAACUCAGUAGUACCCAUGCCUGCCUCGCAAGCACAAGGUCCUGAGUUUGAUCCCCAGUACCAAAAAUAUUAACAAUCUUUUCUAUUCAUUAGUCAAAAAAUUAUAUAAUACCACUUAUAUAAUGUUUAAAGGCAAUUUUGUUAAGUUGUACAUAUAUUUAAUAAAAGUGGAGGCCAAAUUUAGCUCAGUGGUGCCACCACCUGCCUCACAAGCACAAGGUCCUGAGUUCGAUCCCCAAUACAAAAAAAAAAAGUAGAAAACUAUAAGAGGGAAGAAUAUACAUUAAUUUCAGUCUACUGAGUUUGGAAUGUAGGUCAGUGGUAGAGCACUUGCCUAACAUGUGUAAGGCCCUGGGUUUGAUC